UAUCGUACGAUAAACGCGUACAAAAAUCUCGACUACACACUAAAUAAAAAAAAACUUAAAAUAAAAAAGUGACAGUGAUUUUCGCGCGCAUUUGUCAUGUCGCGAUGACAGAUUUAAAAUAAAAUGGCCGCGAGAGCCCGCGUAAAUAACAUACGUAAUUAAAAAGUGCUCAGUGAUAGAUAAAUCUGUCCUAAUUCGUAGAUAAACAGAGCUAUUAUUAAAUGGGGGAAAAAAUGGUGUGUAAGAUGGGAAUGAACGAAAUGUGCCGAGUGAUCGUUCUUAACGUGUUUCAACGUUGAUUAGCUUUACACGGAAAAAACUAUGUUUUUCAUCAACGUUUAGGUACUUUGAGUUAUUUUUAUGAGUGAAAAUCCAACGUAUUCUGGUCUGCACGUUUUGAGUUGGUUCAGUAACGUUGCGGUCGUGGUUUCGAAAGUUUAUCCCUAUCGGAUGCCAUUCGGUCUUUAAAAACGAUGUCUCUGAGUUCCAUUCCUCGCUUUUUAUUGUCGUUUGUUUAGCGGUUUGUUAUCUGUGGUGGUUUAUUGUUGUUAUAAAAGUGCGUUUUUUUAUUUACUUCCUUGGAUUUUCUUCGGCAGUUCUCCGAGGAGACUUUUUAAGAUUCAGGUGUUAAUCGUCGCAUGGCUGUCAAGCGGCAAGAUGUCGGGCAUGACGGGAGCGAGCAUGCUGCGCACGCGCAGAAAGGAUGUCAACGUCAAACCGAACCGAAAGUUGGACCGCAAAUCCUCGCGGGGCAUGCUGUACGAAAACGAAGAGCUGCGCCUACGUACUAUAAAUAUCAAUGCCGAAGUUGAAAGAGGUCAGUCGGACAUCAAAAAGCUGAAACGUGAGAACGAACAGCUAAAACGGGAAAUAUCAGCUCUUCGCUAUGAGUACGAUCGCCUGGACAGCAUGCUACGAGACCGAAGGUCUUCGCCGGAGCACUCGGACGACAGCGUGUCAGUUUGCAGCGUGUGUCCAGACUGUAUUAGCGUGGACGGGUCUGGGAGAGCAGUCGCCUUCCACGACCUGAGCGUGGUGCCAGAAGAAGUGGAGCAAGAUAAGAGCGGCGCUGAAUCACCAUGCACAUGCGAUGAAUGCCAACAAGAAGCGCCACGCAAGAUUACGAACACAAUGAAAUCAGCACAAAUGACGCAAAAUACGAACAAAACGCAGCCAAAUAUAGCGGACAAUGGUCACGAACGAGUGGUCGACGUCCUGGUGCACGACGCGCCGCCCGAGGUACCCAGGUUCUUCCAAUCCGUUACCUCUCCCCCCUACCACGUCGCAGGCCCCCCGCCACCAGGUUUCGUCGUUGCCCCCUACCAACCUCCCCGAUUCCAUACCGGAGGGAACGUCGAAGACCUCCUAGGAGAAGUCCAGGCCUCGCCCACUAUACAGACCACGUACAUCCAGCAGAACUCGGUGUUCAUGUGCAACACGAGACGGAUAACGCAGAAAUGUUGUUGCCAGAAAAAGGAACCGGUAGGGUUACCGAUCACAAGCGUGCAGAUCUCAGGAGUUCCAGUUGUCGAUGAACAGGAGCCGCCAAAGAAAUAUGUUACUGAGAAAAAUAUAGAACUUACUUACGACUAUCCUAGAGCAACACCUAUUCCAAGCAGUCCCAGUCCUAAAUCUGGUGACGAAGUACAAACUACGACUACAGAAGUAGCAAGUACGGUAGUUUUCGUUGAAAGGAGAAUACCGGUCAAGCCAAAGAAAUUCGACUUCUUCUCUCGAUCUCGAUCUGCUCCCGUUGGUGAAAACGAGGAGCCAAUAUACGCAACAGUGAACAAACUACCAAAGCGACUUCGGAGAAUGGAGCUAGCUAAUCUUGAGAAAGAAGUAGCGUACAAAUCUGGUGAGCCUGACUCUUCUACUCGCACAGAACUUACGCUGAAAACCGAUUCAGAAUCUCAAGUCCCACCACCAGAUGACGACACAAGUAGAUCUGACAGAGAAAAAUCAACAGCUCCCCAAAGACCUGACUCACCAAAAAUGAAAAAACGUAAAAGGUUCUCUUUGACCUUCAAAAAGAGGGAAAGAAAAAGGAGGGACAAGAAGAAGGAUCUGAAGAAUGGAGCUACGAAGAACGGAGGGAAUGUAGAGAGUGACAAUGAGAGGCUAAUUGAAGGAGAGGUCCAGGAUAUGGGGAAGCAUAAACACUGCGUCAGACAUAGACCGAGGAAUACCUUGUCGUCUUCAAGUUCAGGCCCGCGAUACAAGCGGGAUAGUUAUCAGGAGAUGACGACAUCGCAUUCGGAGCAUGAGAGAACUAACAGCGUGUGUUCCUCGGUUAACUCCCUGACAUCUGCGUGUACGCACAAAUCUAGGAAGCUGUCAGCCCCUGUGAAUGAUGGGUCUAUACCUUGGUGCGGAUGCUGGGGAGCCGGUUGCGUAUAGGGGUAACUCUAAGGGGUUAAAGAUUGGAAUCUAUUCCUUACUUUCCAAAUUGAUGAUUAAUUUCUUUUUAUGAUUCAUGUCCUUGGUUUUGCUAACCUUGUUAAUAGUCGUACACCUUUACUUAUCGUUAUACAAACAGAUGAAUAGGCAGAGGUCCUUUUUUAGCCCAGUCCUGUGGAUAGCCACACAAAAAUAUAAUCAAGAACAAAAUGGUAAACAUCCAACACUGUCACAGAUAUUUGUGGCAGAAUUUAACGUCAACCGACACAAAUAAAUGUUACUUAAUAUAAUUAUAAAUUGUAUUUAUUAGAAGCCCCAUAAUGAUAGCAUAAAUUAGUGCCUAUAAGGCCGUCCCGAUAUUAGGCGCUCGCGUUAGUCGGCGUAUGACCGCUUCACACACGCCGCAGAGCAACAAAACGCGACCAACACGCAGGCGCAGUGCGCGCCACUCACACGCCCAAGGACCGCGCACGCCUAAUGUGGGGUCAGCCUAAUUAUGAUUAAGUAGUACCUAUAUUGUUAAUGAACUCCACAUGUAUGUACAUAAUGUAAAACUGUGAUUCAUCUUAGUGCUAUGACGUAAGCAUGUACGUAUGUUGAAUGGUAAUACAAAUUUUAUA